AUGCCGUGCUCUGGCAUCGAGGAAGCAGAUCAUUUACUCGGUUUCGGUCGAAGUUCACGCGCCGUGCCAAGAGUGCAAAAUGCAAUGCAUGACAGCCGGGCUCGAGGAUAUACUGUACCGUCUCUCGAAGGUGUUGAUGAUUUGCCUCCGAACACCGUAGCACUGCAGGUGGAGAGCUCGUCAAGUUCUGUGUUCACAGCGUGCUUAGCUUUCACUUCGUUGAGUCACCCUGAGAAAGACCCCCUCAGGAGGAACCUGCAAUCCAGACAGGAACGGUACGCGCGGAUGAUACGGAACAAUAUGCCGCUGUCAAAUUACUCUCGCGUUAGCCCCGACAUUGAUUGCUCGGUUGAUUACCAAUCGAUCGGAUGUCCGUUUCGGGAGCAUUAUUUAGUGGCCUUCGCUUUCUUAGCUGCCGAAUGCGUCGGCGUUCUAAUGCGGGCUGCCAAGAAAUGCGGUCUCUGGUGUCCAGAAGCCCAUAUUGUGUUGCACGCUACGACCAUUUGCACUUGUGGCAAAGUCAUUUCCCAACGAGUAUCUGGGCUCUGA